CUGCAGUGCGUCAAAGUGACAGCUCCCCAAAUGUUCACAAGCGGCUUUCAAAGUUUCAUUGUCGAGAGCAGAAACUGAGAAAGCAAGCUGGUCCAGUUGCCCAGUUUCUGUUUGCAAGGCGCCCUGCGUAAAGCUGAUUUUGAGCUUGCAAAUUUCUCAAGGGCCACAUUGUACCAGGUACAUAAGAAGAUUCACAGCAUUGCCGAUUGCUGUUGAGCACACCCAGAGGAGGCGCCAACUCGACAACCUUCGGAAAGAUGGCUGCAGCCAGCAAACAUACCACCACCUUGCAAUUGCAAAAUUUAACGUCUAUUUUGCAGAACAUGCAAUUAGAAGAAGCCUGUAAAGUUUUACAGCCGGGAACUCUGAGACAGCAUGGUGCAUUUGGUUCUAGCAGGGCGCCAAGCAGGAAAAGGGUCCGGUGUAAGCCUAUGAUGCCGCUGAGGGACGCAGCCUCUUCCUUGAACCUACUUAUCAACAGCCAGUUCUGUCAAUCAGCGGUCCACAUUGGCCAGUUUUCAAGUUCAUCAGGAGUGCAUUCAGUGGGGCGAAGGACGAGCAGUAACGUAAGAGCUGUGAAGAAAAGCAGCCAAACAACUGCUAGCAAAGACGAUGAGUGGGACCCGGACUUUGUGGAGGCAAUGAAUCAGCUCUGCAAUAAGGCCGUCCGAGUCAUGCUGUCUGAGGACCUCCAACUCGUCAACCAAUUGCGGACGGAGCUGGACAACACAGGAGCCACUCUUGUGGAGCAUGGGGAGAUUGACGCAGCACGCUUCAUACUGGUGGUGCAAGAGAUGCUGGAUCACAAGCUUGCACCCGAGAGGAAGUUGUUGAAAGGGCGCUUUGUGGAGGCGUUCGAAAAGAUUUUUGGCCUCGUUGAGGACGCCGGAUGGUCGCUACAGCCCCCAGAAGAAGAGGGCCAGGAAGGAGAGAUCCUUGUAGAAGGUAACGACCACACAGAUGCCGAGCCUCCUGUAGCUCCUAAGAAAGUCAGCGAACCAUACAAUCGCACCUUUCAAGCUCAAGAUCAAUUUGUUUGAUCCACUGUAGGCGGUUCGAAGCACUAUCGCCCGUUUGCUCUCCGGCUCAGCCUUGCAUUUUCUUCCCUUUUCUGAUAUCAUUGAAUGCCACCAAGU